GCAAGAAAUGUUCUUACUUUUACUAAGCCUCAGUAAUCAAGACUGCAAAAAAAGAAAUCUAUAAAUGAAAUGAUUAUUUUUCUUCCUUAUUUUAACAACAACUGAAUGAAAACAGAAGGUCUGUGGACUUUUUUUCUCCUCAGAAAUCAUUAAUAAUGAAGAUUCUUCUCUUUUCUUUUAUUUUGUUCUUCUUUGGUGUCUUCAUUCUAUCAGUGGGCUCUGGCCAACCUGUUAGCGAUUCUAUGCCAGCAGCAGUAACAUGUAGAAAGAAGCUUGAGAAAGCAUAUUCAAAAAUACAUAAUCCUCCCACAAUAUUUGAAAAGGCACAAAAUCAUGCAGGUAAAAUAAACACAGCUUCAAGUAAAGAGGACCCUUUUGUCUUAAAUCGUUCAGAGAUAUGUGUAAAGCUAAGUGGUCAAUGUAAAAGGAAGUGUGGUGAAAAGGAAUUUAGGAUGGUAUAUUGUGUAAUACCGACAGUUCUCUGCUGCAUAAGAGAAUGUGACCCUGAGGAGUACUAUUAGCUGGAGAGCCUCAUUCACACACACAAAAAAAGAGGACCAACAUCAACUGUCUUCUCAUUCCUUCAUUACUUCUCUUACUUCAUUUGUGGCCUAGUAUUUCUGUCCAUACAUGUCUCUGAUGAAUAAAGAAUUAAAUAAAACAUA